AUGGCCCGAUUCGGUCGGGGCAGGAAGUCACCCAAGCCAGGAACCACCCAUGCUGACCCGGACAUGCUCUCGCUGCCUACGUCAGAUCCCCGUCGAGCGCCUCGUGUCAGCCUUCCCCAUGUGGAAACGCAGCUGAAUAUGCAUCAAUACAAUGGACUCUUCAAUGAAAUCUCUACCUCAAACCAGCUGAAUGAACCCGUGAGACCCACGUCCCCCAGCGGCACCAACGGCUUCGCGAACCACGAGACCAACCAAGAUCCCCCGGCAACUGAAUGGUCGUCGGCUGUCGGUCAUGCGGCCACGGGCAAGUCCGGGCGCGUUAUCCAUAACCUUCAAGAAGAAGUCGCGCGCUUGACUCGGGAGUGUAGUCUCUAUCGCUCCCGCGCCGAAGAGACGCAGCGCAUGAACGACGCCUUCAAGGUUCAGGUACAGAACAUGACCGAACGUCUCCGGAACCUCGAGCAAGCGAACGAGACGAACCUCCAUGCGAUCGUGCGGAAAGACAAGAAGAUUGACGAGCUACGCGCGGAGGUGCAGACCGAGAAGGACCGGAGGGUUCAGGCGGAGGGCGAGGCCAAGAAAGUCAAUCAACUGAUGGGGGUCGCCCGGGACGAUUUCCACCGCAAAUGCGCCGAGUUGCAGGAGAUCUCCAACCAUUCGCGGACCCAGUACGAUGUUCUGGCCAAAUCGGCACAUCGGGAACGAGCGGAACAGCAGAGACGGCUCAAGUCGAUCAGGGAUGAUAUCACGACCAUGAAGAAGCAGUUCAACGACAAGAACACCAAGCUGGAGCGCUUGGAUGCGAUCAUGGCCGAGAAGGACCGGGAGAUUGAGCUCAACCGAGAGCGAUUCGACCUGCUGUACGCCAAUUUCCAGGUUUACAAGCGGACGCAAGACGAAGAUCUCCGAACGCUGAUUGAGACGGGCCGGCAAGACGAUGCCAAGAUCGAUGCCGCCCUGACUUCGCUGAAAGAGACCGAAGGAAAGAUGAAGUGGGUUAUUCAACUCAAGCAGCAAGUCAAAGACGCCCAAUGA